AUGUCGAUGUUCAGGCUCCCUGCGUGGGUUAUCAAAAUGAUCGAUCGGAUUCGUAGAGAUUUCUUAUGGAGUGACCCUGAUAUUGAGCACCCCGGAUGUAGACUCGUUGCUUGGAAGAACAUCUGUCGGUCAAAGGAGCAAGGUGGUUGGGGGAUCUUGGACCUCUCCUCCUUUAAUAUGGCGCUACUGGGGAAAUGGAGGUGGAAACUCCUCUCUGACUCGAGCUGGGGAGGGGCGAAGAUUCUGAGAUUCAACUAUGGAGGUCCAAACUGGGAUUUAUUUAGGCGCACGACUAGCAGAGUCUCUUUUUUCUGGUCUGGGGUCGACCAAUGCCUCCCGGCGUUUAGUGGCUGUGUUUCUGUUCAGGUGAAAGAUGGGGCGAACUCACUUUUCUGGAAGGAUCGAUGGUUCAAUGGUCGCGCACCUAUGAAUAUCUGGCCUGAAUCUUUUCUCUUGUCCCGGUCCCCGAAUGGGACAGUCAGAGAAAUGCCGUACUUGCUCGCGAGCUCUCCUUUUGCUUCUGACCCUUAG